AUGGAUCCAAGUGCACAUUGGAAAGAUCUAAAUAAAAAGUCUUACAAAUUUCAUCAAUUUAAUCCAAUCACAGGUGAAUAGAAAAACCUUGACUUUUUUUAUUAACGCAUAGCUAUUGGAAAAUGGGGUGGUCCAUUAGCUGCUACAAAAAAUUAUAAUUAAGUCAUUCUUAUGCGAACAGAUGACAUGCUAAAAGACUCUAUUGUGUUCUUUUCUAAUAAUGGUAAGAUCAUAUCAAAAGCUCAAUAUAAAGAAAUUGAUAAAGUAUUUAAAUUUCAAUUAUAUAGAUUGCAUUAUUUGAUUUCCUUGAAGAUGAAUAAUUAUUAUUACUUAAAGCCAAUGGAUCAUAUUAUAUUGUAGAUCCUUUCAAAGGUACCAAAAAGGCAUAUGAUUUAAUGGAUCAAUUUAAAUAAUAGUAAAUCCUAAAAGGUUUAAUUGUUAAUAAUGGAUUUGUACUUAUGACAAAUAAUUUUGAAUUCUUUUAUAUUCCUAAUGCUUAUGAGCCUUAAGUUCAUAAAUUAAAACCAUCAAAUCUUACUCAAGAACCAGAACAUUGGUUAGUUAUUCCACCUUAAAAAACUUAAAGUGGAAAAAUGGAACUUUUAAUUGCUAAUCCUGAUGGUGGAAUUAUACAUAUUAUAGAAGAUGAAAAAUGGAAAAUAUAUUAUAACAAAGAUAAAAUUGUUAAUGAAAUUGAUAAAAAAUUACCAGAUUUAAGAAAUAUUAAAAUGAUAAGUCUUUCAUCAAAUUAUAAAAAUCUAGCAUUACUUUAGUUUAUUAAUUAAAGAUGGGUUGUUUCAUUCAUUUCAGAUUUCUUUGAUUCUACUGAUUGUAGAUAAAUACCUAUUGAUCUUAAGGAAGAAGAUGUAAAAAAGGAAGAAACUGCAGAAAAAGAUAUUAGUAAAAUAGAAAGACCAAGAAGAAUGCUUUGGUGUGGAGAUGAUUGUGUUGUCUUUUAAUUAUAAUAAUAUCUAGUCUUAGUUACUUAAGAUUAAUAAUUGAAAGUUAAAAUGAGUAAUUCCCAUUUUGCACUCAAAUAAGAAUAUGAUGGAAUUAGAAUAUUAACUUAAAAAAAAAAUGAAAUCUUACGUAAAUUACCUGAAGCAUAUGUUAAUGUAUUUUUACCACUUUCUCUUAAACCAGGAGCAUAAUUAUAUUCUGCAUAUGAAUCAUUUGAAUAAAAGAAUCCUAUUGAAGAUGAUGAAUUAAGAUCAAAAAAAACUGAACUUGGAGAAGCAGUUAAUGAUUGUAUUAAAAGUGGUUAAUUUGAAAUUAAUCCUGAAUUCUAGAUGAAAUUAUUGAAAGCAGCUAGUUAUGGAAAAACUUUCUUGGGAAAUUAAUUAAUAGAUCCUAAUCUUUUAAAUGAAACUUGUAAAUAUCUAAGAGUCUCUAAUGCAUUACGUAGAAAUGGUGCAGUUGGUGGCAGAGUUGUAACAUAUGAUUAAGUUUUGUAAUUGAUUAAAAAUCCAGAUCUUUUUAUCACAUUGUUGCUCAGAUAUAAUUUACACUAUUAAGCAAUUGAAAUUUCACGAUUCUUAAAGUUUUAAAUAAAAUAAAAAUCAACAAUUUAUACACAUUGGGCAUGUUGUAAAGUUGAAAGUCAAUAGGAUGAUGAUUAAUUAUGUUAAAUUAUAAAAGAAAAGAUUAAGGAAGAAAAAGGAGUUUCAUUUACAUAGAUUGCUUAAAAAUCAAUAGAAAUAGGGAAAUCUUAAUUAGCUCUAAAACUUCUUGAUAAUGAAUAGAGUUUAUCAAAACGUAUUCCAGUAUUGAUUUGGAUGGCUAAUUAUUAACAAGGCAAUAAUAAUUCAUACUAUGAGAAAGCUUUGAUCGAUGCAAUUGCUUCUAAAGAUUCAAAUUUGAUUUACCUUGUAAUUAUGAAGUUUUUGAAAACUGAUAUGGAUGAAACUUAUAAGUUUGGUAUUCUAUCAUAAAAUCCUAUUGCCCAAUCCCAUUUAAUAUAUUAUUUAAGAAAUUUUGAUGAUAAAUAUUUGUAGAAAUAUUUAUAAUAUUUAAAAAAAUUUGAUGAAUGUGGAUUAUUGGCAAUUAAUUAAGCUUAUUAAUAAAAUAAUUUAAAUGAGAAAAUCAGGUUUUUGGAAUUUGCUUAGAAAUUCUUUGAAGAAGAGAGCAAAGAUUCAUUUUAUAGCAAAAUAUUACAAGAAUAAAUAAGAACAUUAAAUGAUCUAAGAUAGGAAGUAGAAAGAGAGAAAAAAGAAAAGAGUAAAAUUAUGAUGGAAGAGAAACCAUUAAAUUCAAUUAUGGAAACAUUUUUAUCAAAAGAUAAUAUAUCAUUGGCAUAAGAAUUUGCAAAGACAUAUAAAAUUCCAGAAAGAAGGUAAUAAUUAUAAUUAAAUAUUAUUAUAUUAGAUUUAAUAUAACAAGAGUGAAAUCAUUAAUAAACAACAAGAAUUGGGAAGAAUUAGAAAGAUUUAUAAAUGAAAAGAAUAAGAAGAAUGUUUCUAUUCCUUAUGAAUUAGUUGCAGAUAUGUUAAUAAGAGCAGAUUAGGAAGAGAGAGGUUUAUAAAUGAUAAUGAAAAUGCCAGAUCCAGAAGUAUUAGAUAAUAUUAUUUAAAAUUUUAGGAAUCUUGUUAUAUGUUAUUAAAAAUUGGACAGUAACGUCAUGCAGUUUAAGUUGCAAUUAAUAAUAAAAAAUCCCAGUUAAUACAAGAUAUUAGAUAAUCUAUAAAUGAUAAUUAAGCGAAAGCAUAACUUGAAAUGUACUUAAGUUAAAAUCAUAAGUGAUAUAGAUGGUUAUGUAUAAAAAAGAGAAU